AUGGACCAAGAUGAGACCUUGCAAGUUCUAGCACCGUUUGCUGGCACACAGACCAUGCUUAUCCUUGUUGGACUGGUGGCAUCAGGAAAGUCCACGUUUGCUCAGGCACUCGAACAUCACUUUCCGCAAUUUCGUAGAUGUAAUCAAGAUGAGCUUGGGACGAGGCAGCGCGUCGAGAGUUUAGCUCACCGCGCGCUCCGCGAAGGCUUAUCGCCUUGUAUUGACAGGUGCAACUUUGAUGCAAUACAGCGAUCACACUGGAUCAAUAUCGCUCGCCAGUUUCCUGGUACUUCGAUCAGCGUUAUUGUUUUCGAUACCCCCUAUCAGGUUUGCUCUGCUCGCCUUCAGGAACGAAGUUCACAUCCAACCAUUAAGGACCCCCAACAAGGUCAAUCUAUUCUGGCUAGGUUUGCAUCAGACCUCCAGUUUCCUCAACCGAACGAAGGGCAUGAUCACAUUCUUUACUUAAAGCCUUCGGACCACCCUCGUACCGAGUAUACGGGGGAAGACAUUGGUUUGAUAUUACAACGGCUCCAAGCAUCUUCUACAAAUUUCAAACGGGGAAACCUUUCAGCCCCCAAUCAGAUACAAGGUCGCGGGUACGGGGCUCAUCGCGGUGGCAGGGGCCACCGCUUUCCGUCUAGUAGACUUCCCAAGUCCUAUUCUGGAGCAAGACUAAAUGACAAGACAAGUACUUCGCACAUAGCCCAGCGUUAA